UAAUGUACAAGUUUCUUAUGAGUUGUGAAACAGAAUCAAGGUAAAAUGUUCCAAAUAUUUUUCUUAGCUAUAAAAACCGAGUUUCAAAUAACUAAUCAAUCACGUUGCAAUGAAAUAGGAUUGGAUAUGAAAUUGAUUGUAGCAUGUCAUAGGCGCGCAUUAUGUACUAGUUCUGUAAGCUGUAUAAAUAUUGGCUUUGCUUUCGCUACACUUCGCAUACAUUUACUAAGGUAGGAUCACAGCAACAUCCAGGAUCUACCUCUAAAAGAAACACCCCUGUAUAAUGUCCACUUUCCACUUGGUUUUACUCGGCCUUUUGAUUGCUGUUACUUUCUGUGACAAAAGACAGGGUGUGUUUGGACCGUGCCAGGGGUGGGGCGCAGGCUGCACCAGUUACCAUAGUUACAGACCGAUUCCACAGCCCCCUACCCGAAAAAUUACGAGAAAUGUUCACAAGACUCCUAGUUACAUGUUUACGUCAGGUGAGUAUGGUUCAUCAUGGAAGCCAAUUGGAAAACGAAGAGAUGACACAAAGAAGCGGACCUCCUGGUUCACCGACAUUCCAUACCUUAGAAACCCCUUCCUCUCCUACCCCCGACUCAAAAGUGGAUCAGGUAGCCGAUUUAACUCUCUACACCGAGUGGCCUCAUCACAGCAACAAAGACAGCCAGAUUUGGUGGAGGUCUAAUGAAAUCUGUGAUCCCUUUCUCUGGAAGGAACAACUCUUUCGAGGGAGAACAACGAAUUUCCAGAAUUGUUCAAUUCAAAUGCAAUAAAACUGCUCAUAUAACUUGGUGUCUUUAUUUUAUAAAAGUCACUAUUAAUUUUUAUGAUAUAAAAAGUGCAGAAAACAGUGGUUAAUCCCAUACAUCCAGUUAAAAAUUCACAUACAGGGCAAAAACAUGGACCCCUGGAACCACCAGUGGUGGG